UGGUGGCACAAAGGGAAACAGAGGGUGGAAGUCCAUUUUUUGUGCAACCUGCAGCCAAGGAUGUUGUGCUAAAGAGGAGGUUGGAUUCCAGAGGAAUGUCGUCAGAAACAAAUCAACAUACAAAAGGGACAUGACAACCUUUUGCUCUUUUUUUUACGCAGAGCGAAAAGAGAUAUCCAUUGAAUCAUUUAAAUGCAUCAUGAACAUGAAGAAAGAGCACAGAAGGUGAACCUGUAAUUGUUUUAUGACAACAGUGGACGCAAGCAGAUGAAAGAGUUUUCAAAUCUGGGUAGAAGAAGAAUUUCACAUAGUCAAUAAAAUGUCUUCGGUCAAGUGUUAUCCUCUUGUAGGAAUUUUAAUGUCUCUUCUUCCCUUUCAAGUGUGUAGCCACCCCAGGGUGCGGGCUCAGGCAGAGGACAGGCUACUGAGGACUCUGUUCAGCCAUUACAACAAACUGGCACGCCCUGUGGCCAAUGUCUCUGAUGUGGUGCAUGUGCACUUUGGGUUGUCCAUUGCCCAGCUCAUUGAUGUGGAUGAGAAAAAUCAAAUGAUGAUCACCAAUGUCUGGGUGAAACAUGAGUGGAAUGACUACAAGCUCUGCUGGAAUCCAAAGGAAUACGAGAAUGUCACCUCCAUGCACAUCCCAUCCCAUCUAAUCUGGAGACCAGAUAUAGUUCUUUACAACAAUGCAGAUGGUGAUUUCUCCGUGACCCACCUGACCAAGGCCCACCUGUUCCACGACGGGCGCAUCAAGUGGGUUCCCCCGGCCAUCUACAAGUCCUCCUGCAGCAUCGACGUCACCUUCUUCCCUUUCGACCAGCAGAACUGCACCAUGAAGUUUGGCUCGUGGACCUAUGACCGCACCAAGAUCGACCUAAUCAGCAUGGCGGGCAAUGUGGACCAGAUGGACUACUGGGAAAGUGGCGAGUGGGUGCUGGUGGACGCCGUGGGCAACUACAACAUCAAGAAGUACGAGUGCUGCCACGAGGUCUACUCUGACAUCACCUAUUCCUUCAUCAUCCGGAGACUACCGCUGUUCUACACCAUUAAUCUGAUCGUGCCCUGCCUGCUGAUCUCCUGCCUGACUGUCCUGGUGUUCUAUCUGCCCUCUGACUGUGGAGAGAAGAUCACCCUGUGUAUCUCUGUGUUGCUGUCUCUCACCGUCUUCCUCUUGCUUAUUACCGAGAUCAUCCCGUCCACCUCGCUGGUUAUCUCGCUCAUCGGGGAGUACCUCCUCUUCACCAUGAUCUUCGUCACCCUUUCCAUCAGCAUCACCAUCUUCGUGCUCAACGUACACCACCGCUCGCCGCGCACGGACACCAUGCCCCGCUGGGUGCGCCGCGUCUUCCUGGACGUUGUCCCCGGCUUCCUGUUCAUCCGGCGGCCUGCCGCGGUCAAGGACAACAAGAAGAGACUGGCGGAGGCCAUGCAGAAGAGGGCCAUGCUAUGGGGUGAGCUGGAGGCUGAGCUGGAGGUCCAGGAGAUCCUGGCCCGCUCCCCUUCUCUCUUCUUGGGCCGACCCAUGGAGGGUUCCCUGCCCCCCAAGCUUCCCCAGCAACAGCAGCAGCCCCUGGACAAGUCCAGCCAGUACUCUAUCCUCCCGGAGGAGCCAACCACCUCGUCCCAGCCAGGCUGCUCUCCUCUGUUCCUCCACCCUCUCUUCCCGCCCAGGGACAAGCACCACGCGGCCAGGCCCAAGAUGCGUUCCCUCAGCUUACAGUACGGCCUGUGUGAGAGGGAGCAGCCCCAGACCAGCAUCCGCUGUCGCUCGCGCAGCAUCCAGUACUGCUGCCUGCAUGAGGAGGUCUCCUCCAUGGGUAACGGCAUGCAGCGGCCUCUCUCUCAACACCCGUCCCUGAUGGAGGAGAGGAAGCAGAGCUGCUCAGCUGUCUGCAAGUAUCACUCAGGCCUGGCCAAGGAAGCCAAAGCAAUGACCAAGGACCAGCGGCUCCUCGUCUUAUCCCCAUCCAUGAAGAUGGCCAUGGAAGGUGUGCAGUACAUCGCAGACCACCUCCGUUCAGAGGAUAUCGACUUCUCUGUGAAGCAGGAGUGGAAGUACGUGGCUAUGGUCCUAGACCGGAUCUUUCUGUGGUUGUUCAUCUUGGUGUGUCUCCUGGGGACCCUCGGACUCUUCGUCCCUCCCUGGCUGGCUGGAAUGAUAGACCUAUCUGUCUGACUCCAAACACUUCUGAAGCCAUUGACCCUAUGCACAUUCAAGUUGUACAACUGAUGAACAACUCACUUGCCACAAUUUUGUUCUGCACAACAUUAAUCACACAAGCAUUGUGGAGACUGCACAAUGCUUGUGUAAACAUUUGUGUGCAGAAAAUAUCAGUUGUAAUGACAACCAUUGUGUCAAAUGCAUUGUAUAUCAGUUGUGCAGACCUGAGUGUGAACAGGGCCAUGGCGGAUGUCACCAAUGGACAGGAAACCUUCUCAUUAAUUAAUUAAUUGUGAAAAGGCAUUUGUAGAUAAAAAGUGACACAUAAUUGUUUUGGCAAUGCUUUAUUUUCCAGAAGCAGAUGGAGCCAAAGGUCUCUAAUGUGAAGGACUGAGAAGUUACAUUGGGAUUGUGGAAACAUAGCGGUAACUGCCAAAAUAAUGAAAACAAUUGAGAAAAUGUGGUAUACAAAGUAUAUUGAAAGCAGGUGCUUCCAUACAGGUGUGGUUCCUGAGUUAAUUAAGCAAAUAACAUCCCAUCAUGCUUAGGGUCAUUUAUAAAAAUGCUGGACAGGCCAUUAUUUUGGCUACUAUGGCUCUGCCCCCAUAGAAUGGCAAUGCUCCCAUCCACAGGGCAUGAGUGGUCACUGAAUGGUUUGAUGAGCAUGAAAAUGAUUUAAACCAUAUGCCAUGGCUUUUUUAGUCACCAGAUCUCAACCCAAUUGAACACUUAUGGGAGAUUCUGGAGCGAGGCCUUGAGACAGGGUUUUCCAUCAACAAAACAUCAAAUAAUGGAAUUUCUUGUGGAAGAAUGGCGUCUCAUCCCUCCAAUAGAGUUACACUAGAAUCUAUGCCAAAGUGCAUUGAAGCUGUUGGUGUAUGUUGGUGUUCCCUUUAUUUCGGCAUUUACCUGUAUCUCUACCUGAUACUAUCCGGAAACAAUAGGAAUAAUAAGCAAAUAAAGUUUUAUAAAAUUAUGUUUAAAAACAGCUUAAUAAAGCAUUAGAGCAUCAUUUCUAACAAUAUUUAAGCUAGUUUAAAACACAGAGCCUUAGGCUAAGUUUACAAAGGCAGUCCAAUUCUAAUAAUUUGUCCAAUUACUGGCAAUGUUCUGAUUGGUCAAAAUAUCAAAAUUGGGCUGCCUGUGUAAACUCAGCUAAAGUAGCCUAGAUGGGACAUAUUUUAAUAUCCAAACAAGGAAUCUUAUUCUUAAACAGAAGAGAACAUAGAGGAUAGUGGCUCUGUCCGGUAACAGUGGGUGAAGGUAAAUACUGUACAUUCUCUUGGAAAUUAGGUCUCAACAAUAUUCCUCUACUUCUAGCAUUAAGUCAUUUAUACCUGAAACUUACGCCUAUUCAAUCCAGCUGUGCCCUACAGCAGCUACUAUGUUACGUAGGUGGUAUUUUCCUAAAGCUGUAAGGUUUAACGUGCUCUUAAAUCUUGUUGUAAUCAACACAUUUUCACAUUGACUUUCACGUUUUUAUCCUCUUUCUCUGUGCUCUAGUGCUGUUGUUGUUUCACUUGCAAGAAAACUAAAAUUCACAAUGCAGACGUUUUUCCCUCUUGUGAAUGUUAUUGUGAUUUCUUCAGGGUCACCUUACGAUUGAAACAUCUACCACAAUCAUUGUGUCAAAUUAGGAAUAGAGAAACAUUUGUGCUUCUUCAGUUUCUGUAAUGGAAAAGAUCUUUAUGAAGAACGCCUCCAAUUAAGGAAAUACCACCCAUUUCUUGAAAUUCUUCAACCGAUGGCCUCUUAGCCUCUACAGGAUUACUGGCAACCCCAAAAGACACUGAGGAGUUUGUACUCUGGAUUCCAAAUGCUGGAUAGAGGGGCUCAGUGAAUGUGGUCUGAAAAGUGUAAAGGUGGGUCAUUGUGUCAGAGGAGACCUCAUAGAAGGAGACAGUUCCAGCA